UUCAGUGUGUACCAGCCGUUUGGCAAGUGUUUCCACUUUAGAAGAAACCUCACGAAGAGACAUUGAAAGUGAAGAACUGUGUUUUGUGCAGUGUGUCUGCUAAACAUUUCUUAUCUUCGUUCGUGUGUACAAGAGAAAGAGUUGCCAAUUGGCACUAAGUGGGCCAUCAUCAUUUCACAACUUUACCCAACGACGCUUCUGUGUGUAUUGUUGCAGUUUGCAACUUCAAUCAACUUUUCCUCCCGAAGGUGAAAGCAGACAGCGUUUCGUGGAAAGGCAGCACGUGUGAGUGCGAACUGGCAUCCUCGUUUAAUCAUCGAUCUAAGCACAACAUGGUUCUGAAGGCAAAGGACGAAGGAAAGAUGGUGGAGACGAACGGAUUCCACACGGUUGGGAUUGGUUCGAGUGCACGGAAGGCGCUACUGAGUGCGCUGGAGGACAAACGACUCGUUGUUGGAUUGGCUAGUGCAAUUCGCAGCUUGGCCGCUAAUCCGGAUCAGUACAAUUUCUGCUUUUUGGCACCGACCGAAGACCACGGUGAGAGUGGUAGUCACAUGCAGGAGGUGCUGAUGGAAGCGUUUUGUUUGGAACACGACAUAUAUAUCAUUAGGGUCGAUAGUGCGGACAAACUCAGUCGCUUGGUACAAUCACCGGUCAUUGCAUCUUGCGCAUUGGUACGCAAGCUACCAGCGAAAAUGGUUCGGCGAAUGAGUAGCGCCUUUCGUCGUUCGGAGAGCAUCCUGAUCGAGCACUGCGAGCUUUACUGGGAUGAACCACACAAACCCGUUAUCAAAUUGCCAGAAAAGUGAACAAGACCCAGGUGGCCCGGUUUACUGAACACGACGAUGAAACCAUCUACCAAGGCAACGCACGUAACAAAGUGCGACCUUAUGCUGUACAAUGAGAUAUAUUCUCCACAAACCUAGGCUAACUAGGCCAAUAAUCCAGGGCCAUAAGUUUGAAGUCCUUUAACAUGUAGCGGGUCGAACCCCGGACGAUACAUUAGCAUAAGCUAAGGAUAGCUAAGAUUAGCUAAGGAUACCUAGGGAGCUGGAAUUGUUUAAAUUUGGCCGAUUACGGACUACGAUACGAUUUUGUACCAGGCCAGUGAUUGAUGGAAAAUAUGGUAAUCAUUUCGUAUAGUUUUACAUUGUACUUACGUUGAAAAUGGAAAUAAAAGAACCGAAUAA